ACUGCGUUGAGUUCAGCACAUAUGCAGAUUAAUACCCCCAACAUUUGCCUUUAGUGAACGGGGAUUAAUUCAUUGAACACUUGGAAUUAAUAUCAAACAGCUUGUUGAUGAACAAAUUCCUUGGCAAUUAAUUGCAAUUUGAUUAUUACCUAAUUUACUUCUGUCCUUUUCUGCGAAAGUGCGGAAAAUUAUAGAGCCGUUGAGCGCAACGGUAAACAAGACCGAAUUAGCCUAUGUUUAUGUUUGUUUAUUUGGCAUUUAAAGGUUGUUUUUUUACAUUAAUCGAAUUCCAGUGCGUGAUUUGGAAUUCUAGUUUGAAUAUUCCUGCUUCUAUUACCAGUUGAGUGCAGUCUUCUAGGCAACGGUAGAGCAAAAUGACUGAACGUUUAGAUAUUCUGAUUUUGGGGGCUACUGGUUUCACUGGAAGUCAUUGCAUCCCUUACAUAGCGAAACUUUCAAAAGAAAACGGCAGAAAUUUGAGCUGGGGGGUGGCUGGCAGAUCUGAAGAGAAACUCAAGAACGUUCUCAAAGAAUAUGGAGACAAACUAGAAUUGGAUUUUGGUAGUAUUCCUGUGGUUAUCGUCGAUAUAAAGGAUGAGGAAUCAUUGCUGAAAAUGGCAAAGGCAGCUAGGCUGGUCAUCAAUUGCUGUGGGCCAUACAGAUUUUUUGGAGAUGCAGUUGUUAAAGCCUGCAUUGAAGCAGGAACACACCACAUUGAUGUAAGUGGUGAACCAGAGUACAUGGAAACUGUGCAAGUUAAACAACAUGAUGCUGCAAAGGAGAAAGGCUUAUAUAUUGUCAGUGCUUGUGGUUUCGAUAGCAUUCCUGCAGAUCUGGGAGUCAUAUUUAUGCAACAAAACUUUGAGGGUACUUUAAAUAGUAUCGAGACAUUCAUGAGAACGUGGACUGAGAAGUCAUGUAAAGGGCCUUCAGUUAACUAUGGCACUUGGGAGAGUGCAGUUUAUGGCCUUUCUAAUUCAGACAAUUUGCGGGAAGUUCGAAAAGAAUACGCUAAAAAAUUCGAUAAAGUUGCAGCUUUUGCUCCAAAGCUACCCCGUAAAAAUUUACCACACAAGCCAAAAACUGGAGAGGGCUGGGCUUUGCCAUUUUUAGGAGCAGAUCGAUCAGUUGCGACUAGGUCUCAGCAGUAUCUUUACGAAAACGACAAUAUUCGUCCAGUUCAAGUGGGGACAUAUGUCGUAUUUCCUUCUGCGAUUGCAACUUUCGUAGUCCUUUUGUAUGCGAUUAUUUUUGCUUUUUUGUCCAAAUUUGAAUUUGGCAGGAAGUUAUUGCUUGACUACCCUCAGUGCUUCAGUGGGGGAUACUUCAGUAAGAAGCCUCCCAGCGAAGAAAACAUCAAUAGUGCGAGGUUCAGUAUUGAUUUUUACGGCGAAGGUUGGAAGGAAAAAUUAGCAAGCAAAGAUGACCAAUAUACCACUCCUGUUGAUACGUUUAUUAGAGGGCAGGUAAAAGGAAAUAAUCCUGGAUAUGGAGCGACUUGUGCUUGUUUGGUGUUGUCCGCUAUUGUUGUUCUUACAGAAACUGAUAAAUUGGCUAACAAUGGAAAGGGAGGAGUGUUUUCACCUGGUGCGGCUUUUGCUAAAACAUCUCUUGUAAAGCAACUCAAUGAAAAUGGAGUCACCUUUGAAAUUCUGGAGCAAGGCGAGAUUAAACGAGAUUAAUUUUAUGUAAGGUGUUUGUUGCAUUUAUUUAACUUUAACUUUCCUCCUAUAGAUCUGUGCCUAUACAUGUAUUAAAUUGUUAACGGGGACCCGGUUUUUAAUGUUCUAAAUGUAUUUAUCGAUAUUAUAGCAUGUUUUAGUACUUUUUUCGUCACAAGAAUAUAAACUAUUUAACAUAUAAAAUAUAUCUAGUUAUGGAGUAAUAGAUUAAUGAAUUAUAAACUAGUGUGCCUAAUAAAAACUAUAAUCUUUU